AUGAAUCAAUAAUUCUUUGGCAAUUCCAGAUUGGCCAUUCAAAGAGCUCAAUAACUUCACUAAUUCUUCACUUAAUCAGUCAUUUAUGAUCAAUUCAAAUAUACAGCCAAAAUGCCCUAAUAUCCAAAAAUUGUAUUUUUGCAAUCAAAUCAAUUUAUCAGAAAUCUGGUUGAAAAAUAAUUCCUUUAGUAUUCAAUUAUUGAUGCAUAGAAAUCUAGUGGAGGAGAUGGUGUAGCUAGAUUAGCAGAAUAAGUUUAAUUGCAAUCUACUUAAACUAAUGGUGCUUUAUUAUUUGGAUUCCCAAAUACAGCAGUCGAAGCAGAGAGUCUUGAUAGAUUAUUGGAUGGAAUCAAUUUAGCAGUUAGAUUCAAGUUGUCUGACUCAUUAGCAUAGAAAAUUGCAGGAUCAUUUCUAUCAUGUUAAUCAUGCGGUAAGGUCUUCAAUACUAGUUUACCAUUCAUUACGCCAACACACCCAGGAUACUAAAAUAAUUGUUAAUCACCAAGCAAAUGCGCUUUAGAAUCAAGUUCAGCUCCAACUGAUUAGGUCAAUGCUGAAGUUGUUAAUUACUAUCAAUAGAGAGGUGCUUAUCUUGAAUAUGAAAUCAACGAAGAGCAUUUAUUGUAUGACUCAUAAGAGUUCUUUGAAAAGUUAGAUAAUGCAGUAGCAACGCAUAUCAAAGUGUGA